AUGUCGGACAUUGAAGAUGAAAUGGACGUUGAUGCGCCCGUCGACAAGUCCAUCAGCUUUGGCGGAGACUCGAAAAAGGGCAAGCGGAGCGCUGCCAAUCUGCCUGUAGAAGCUGAAGACACAUUGCCAUGGUAUGUGGUAGAAAAGUACAGACCAGCGUCUCUCGACGACGUAGAAGGCCACAAGGACAUCAUAGCCACAAUCAACAAAUUUGUCGACUCGAACCGAUUACCACAUCUUCUUCUCUAUGGUCCACCAGGAACCGGAAAGACUUCGACCGUCCUAGCACUCGCACGACGUAUAUACGGGAACAAGAACAUGCGGCAAAUGGUUCUCGAACUAAACGCAUCAGAUGACAGAGGUAUCGAAGUGGUCAGAGAGCAGAUCAAAACAUUUAGCAGUACCAAGCAAAUCUUCUCUGCCGCACCCAAAGCAGGAGAUUCUUCGCUGGCAACUUUCAAACUCAUUGUUCUCGAUGAAGCCGACGCCAUGACUUCCACCGCCCAGAUGGCACUGAGACGAAUCAUGGAGAAGUACACGGCAAACACACGUUUCUGCAUCAUUGCAAACUACACACACAAACUCUCGCCCGCCCUGCUCUCGCGUUGUACGAGAUUUCGAUUUUCACCGCUCAAGGACCAGGACAUUAGGCACCUAGUCGACAAGGUGAUUGACGAGGAAAAGGUCAACAUUACACAAGACGCCACCGAUUCGCUCGUCACUCUGAGCAAGGGAGAUAUGAGACGAGCGCUCAACGUGCUGCAAGCCUGCCAUGCUUCCAGCACGCCACUCCAGCCCCCAGGCAAGCCCGCGGUCGACCCGAGUUCAAUCGUGCGUGACCAAAUCACUCAGACCACCAUCUACGACUGUAUAGCAGCACCACAUCCUUCAGACAUCAAGUACAUCAUCGAAACACUGCUGUCUAAGAAUGACAUGACAGAGUGUCUACGAACCAUAAAUAAUCUCAAGACAUUGAAGGGACUGGCGCUCGCAGAUAUUCUAACGGCGAUUAGCGAAGAGCUGGUCGCGAAUGACGUGCCACCACAAGUUAUGGUGACAUGGAUGUCAGGUCUGGCAGAUAUUGAGUAUAGACUGAGCGGAGGUGGUAGUGAAGCGAUCCAGACUGGUGCAGCGAUUGGUGUUGUAAGAACAGGGGUGGAGCUUCUGGAGAACGGCAAGAAGUGA